AUGUCAACAGCUAUUGUAUCUAGAUUUCCUUCUACCCCUUCGUCAUCGUGUGGUGGGGUACGGGUUAUGCACCGUGAGCCUGUUCCUAUGGAGGGUUCAUAUUGGCUUCCGGCCUCCGGUGCACCACUGUUUAUCACGGGAUGGGAACUUCGCAUUGACUCUCGAUUAUUUGUUUGUGAAAAUUCCCUGGAUUUCGCUCGGAAGGCUCUUCCUCCAACGACUGUUGGUGACAUGGAUGCUAUGGGUAGUGUUGUUCUAUCCCAUAAUAUGGUUUAUGUCGCUGCUCAAGCUUUGUGCUACUGUGUCGCUACAUGGAGUUUCAACAAAGAGUAUGAUCUGCUUGCUGCUGAGAAGGCAUCCGUGGAGGUUGUUCGGUCACCGCUGGAGAAUGAUGUUGAUGUUUUGACCCAGUCUAUCGAAGGUGGUGUCACCAGAAUUCUACACACUUCAUUUGUUGUAGGUGAAGAAUUUGGACGUGCCAAUUUAAAAGCUAUGAUUGAUGUCGAGACCUACGACACGAAAGGGCAGUUAGAUAUGGCUGGUCUCAGGCUCCUGUGUGCUUUCGAUGUUGCUGACGACCCUAUCGAUGGUCAUGGGAAUAGUGGUGGUGCAGUUGGUCUUGAAACAGGUGCAGGCAAUGGCACUGAUGGUGGUGUUCGUGGUGCUGGUGGAGGAGAUGAUGUUGUUGAAGGUGGUGUUGGUGGAGGCGAUGAUGUUGUUGAAGGUGGUACUGGAGGUGGUAUUGUAGUCAGUAUCGUUGGUGAGGGCGGAGGCAUUGAUGAUGAUGUAGGUAAUAAUGCUUGA